CGGAGUGCAUCACGAGAAUUCGCGGGCUCUACGUACGAGCGGCCGCCCACAAACGGGGCAAAUUAAUAGAUCCAUCAUGGGCGUCCAUCAACCGUGGGCUGUUGUUAUGUGCCGAGUGCUGCAGCGUUCACCGUAGCAUGGGAAGACAUAUAUCUCACGUUAAAUCUUUGCGCCAAGGAUCCUGGCCACCUUCGCUUUUAGCGAUGGUGCAGGCCUUGACAGCUCAAAAUGUAAAUAGCAUAUGGGAACACUCUUUGCUCGACACUUCAGCACCAAAGCAUUUACGUAAAAAACCCCAGGCUAAGGAUCCAUUACACCCAACAAAAUCAGAAUUUAUCUUGGCGAAACAUUUGCGGCUGGCGUAUGUACUGAGAGCCAGACGCGAUGAGCCUCCGAGUGAGCUGGGCCGCCAGCUGCACAGCGCUGUGAGGAGCUCCUCCCUGGACACGGCCAUGAGGCUGCUGGCUCAGGGCGCCGACCCUAACUAUUACAAUCAGGAGAAAGGAACCGCGUGCCUUCACGUAGCGUGCCGCGCGGGGCAGCCGGCGCAGGCCGAGCUGCUGGCGGCGUGGGGCGCCGAGCCCACCGCGCGCGACCACGAGGGCCUCACGCCCGCCGACUGCGCCAGCCAGAGCAUACUAUGGUGCAGUGUAGUGGUGUUGGCUGCCACUUGGGGCUGCGCUAGCGGGCACGGGCGCCUCAUCGAGCCUCCAUCGCGAGCGUCCGCCUGGCGCUACGGCUUCGACACGCCGCACAACUACAACGACCACGAGCUCUACUGCGGCGGCUUCUCCCGCCAGUGGAACAAAAACGACGGCAAGUGCGGCGUCUGCGGGGACGCCUGGGAUGCCCAACAACCCCGAGCCCACGAGUUCGGUGGACGCUUCUAUAAAGGCGUCAUAGUCCGCCGCUAUGCGCCCAAACACCCCAUCACAAUCAAAGUAGAACUCACAGCCAACCACAACGGCUUCUUCGAGUUUAGAAUCUGCGACGAAUUCAAAGGCACAACCCAGGAAUGCUUGGACAAGAACGUCCUGAAACUCAACGGACGAGACGACACGAAGUUCUAUCCUCGCGAUGGGAACAAAGUCUACGAAAUGAAAUACAUAUUGCCCGAAGGAUUCGAGUGCUCGCAUUGCGUGAUGCAAUGGAGAUACAUAGCAGGUAACAACUGGGGAAAGUGUGAGAACGGCACGGAGGCGGUGGGGUGCGGUCCCCAGGAGGAAUUCAGGGCGUGCGCUGACAUUGCGAUAGGUGACAAGUUUGCGACGACGACCAGAAGGCCCAGGCCUUCGUACGUGCCCCCGAACAGGAGACCAACAGUGCCCACGCCAGAAGAGUCGACUGGCAGCGCAUGGUACGGAGUCGUGGUCGCCAUCGUGGCCCUCUUCAUCGCUUUGGCAGUGCUGGCGGGAAUAUACCUGUACUACUACAGAGGAGGCAUGAAGAUCAAGAGCCUCUUGAAGUCCAAAGUCCCUGCGCCUGCUCCUGUUCCUCCACCGAGGCAUAAAAGGUCUUCCCUCUCUAGAGAAGCCCCACCAGAACUGAUACCUCCCAAAGUUCCCCAUUUACCUGAGUCCGGGUUUGAAACUGUAGAUCUUCGUGCUAAGUGAUACCGUCGUAGUAUAUUUUAAAUAAGUGUUAAGAGGCUAUAGGUUAAGUUAAGUCACUUACCACUGCCUUGAUAGUGAUAUUUUAAGUGAAUUGAUUGUAUGAAGUGUAUGCGCUGUGUGACUCCGGUAUGACUGGUUUUGAUUCGACUAAGUAUUUAAUUCUAAGCUAGGUUUUUAUCAUUGUAAAUUUUAUUUAUUUUAUAAUAAACGUUUACAACAUGUU